GGCGUCGUACGUAGAGAUUUGACGUCUUCAUCGUCUCGAAAUCCAAAAACUGAAGCUUUAGACACAUGCUGGUUCUGUAUCGAUUCCAAUUUCCAAAACCACCUUAUUCUUGUUAUCGUCACUACGUACCAACUAUUCAAACCCUAAAUUUGGUGCAUGCAUUUCUGUGUUGAGUGUUGGCAUUCGUAAUCUGAACUGUGAAAUUAAAGGGAGUGACAGUGAUAGAAGAUGUCGUGGCUGAGAUCUGCGAUGACCAAAGCGGUGGAGGUUGGGAACAACACCAACCUCACUCGCGCCGUCAGGAACUAUGCCGACACCGUCGUACAACACGCCGGCCAAGCCGUCGCCGAGGGCGCCAAAAUCCUUCAGGAUCGCAUUGCUGCUCGGAAUUAUAGAAGUGUUGCGCAGACAAUUAAGAGAUUGGAAGAAGCUGCUAUCACCUACAGGGGACCUGAAAGAGUGGAGUUGCUUAGAAGAUGGGUUGUUGUGCUUAAAGACGUUGAUAAAUUGUCUCGAGCUGCGGAUGAAGGUAAAGAGAAGACUUUUGAGCAUCACCUUGGUGUUGAAGAGUUAAAAGAUAACCCAAGGAAACAAUCUCUGGUUCUUUAUUAUGAUAGUGAUUUUGGAGGUGAACCGUUAAAUUUCCGUGAUGUUUUUCUUCAAAGUCAGGCAUUGGAGGGUAUAACAUUAUCAAUGGUGAAGCGAGAGGAAUUACUUCAGUUUGCACAGGGUGCCAUUACUGGGUUGAAAAUUAAUUCUCAAGCUGUUAGAAUAGAUGCUGAAGCCUUUAGUCUUAAGAAAAAGCUCAAUAAGAUAACUUCACAGGGGACUGAAUACCAAGUUGAUUAUAAAUCUGCUGAGGAAACAAUGGCAACACUAGAGGCUUUAAAAAUAGCACUAGCGCAGAUUCGGAUAUGCUCCAGGCUGGAAGGAUUAUUGCUGAAGAAAAAAGGUUUAACCAAUGGAGACUCUCCUGAUGUUCAUGCCCAAAAGGUUGAUAAGCUAAAGGUUUUAACAGAUUCUCUUGCCAACUCUGCUGCAAAAGCUGAAAAGCGUAUUUUAGACAACAGAGUACAAAAAGAGGAGGCAUUAAAAGUUCGGGUGGCUAAAGAUGGUGAAGUUAGUGAAAAGGAGAAGGAAUUGACAACUGAGAUAUCAGGACUCCAACAGAGAAAGGAAGAACUUGAAGCUGAAUUAAAAAAGGUUAAUACAUCUUUGGCUUCUGCUCAAGCACGAUUGUGGAAUGUGAGGGAAGAGAGGGAUCAGUUUGAGGAAGCAAACAAUCAGAUAGUUGAACAUCUGAAGACAAAGGAAGAUGAACUUACAAAAUCAAUUAGGUCCUGUAAUGUUGAAGCAGAUGUUAUCAAGACCUGGGUUAAUUUUCUCGAAGAUACUUGGGUUUUGCAGCGGUCAAAUGCAGAAAUUUACGAGAAGCAGGUCAAUGAUGAAUUGGAAAGCCAUGAGGACUAUUUUGUGAAUUUGGUCAUUCAGCUUCUUGCUGGUUACAAGAAAGAGUUGGAGCCUUCCAUCGACCAUAUUGCAACGUUCGUUGUGAACCUUAAGAAUCUAAGUCAAAGGUUAGAGAAGGUAGCCUCCAGUGGAGAUGAUGAGGAUACAAAGCUAUUAAGUCCAAGGAGAAAUCUUGAGGAGGAAUAUUUAAGCUAUGAAGCUAAGAUUAUCACCACUUUCAGUGUAGUGGAUAACAUGAAACAGCAGUUUUAUGCUCAACAUGAGAAAAUUUCGAGGAAAGAUGAAGAAAGAGUUAAAGAGCUUUUUGUUGCCAUUGAAAAAUUACGGACUAAAUUUGAGGCCAUUGAAAGACCAAAUCUGGAAAUUGAGAGCCCGCCUGAAAAGUCUGAAUCACCCCUUGCCGAGAAAAAGCUUGAUGAUACACCAGCUGCUUCAGCUCCAGCUCCAGCUCCGGGUACUGAGAUUUUAAAGACAGAAACAGAGAAACGGUCAAAAUCACCUUCAGCUAAGGGAGAUGAUAUAUUUGACCAUGAAGCGGAAUUAGCUAAGCUAGAAUCGGAGUUUGGAAAGGUUAGCCAAGACUACUCAGGAGAGGAGAUUGGUGAUUGGGAAUUUGAUGAGCUUGAAAGAGAAUUGUCCUCUACCAAAUAAUUAGGUGUAUCCUUUUGGACCUUAACGCUUGCUGUUGUAAUUUUUAAUCAAACAUAUGCAAGUAUGAUAUGAAAUUGUAAGCGUAUAUAUAGGUUGGCUGUUAAUGAACGUGCAGCAUGGUCAGAUUUCUUUGAAUUUGUAACAUAAAAGUGCAUAAUUUCUUCAUUCUUCUGUAAAGUACUGAACUUUAAGUUAUAACACGCACUUAUCAACUGAUUUGUCAGAGC